CACACUAUUAUCACCAACGUGUAAACAAGGAAGAAGACAAAAACAGUGAUCUUGUUUCAUGAAGGUCCAUUGCUAACACAGAAUAGCCAGCCAGCCAUGCGAUAGUAAUUUUCUUUCUUUCCUAAAUCGCAUAAAACGACUCGUCACCCGGCUGUAGCCUAGAGCGCGAGAUCGGAUCGGAGAGGGUGUGACCAUUUUUGUGUGGAUGUUUCCCGCCAUUAUCCCGAUCUAGGAUACAACAGAGAUCCUACGCAUUAUAGCACCUUACCUCGCGAAUCGUAUUUUCAAACCAUUUACAAUACGAGCCAGACCGUGAGACACAACAUUCUCUCUUUUUUACUGGAUAUAUUACCAGUACAAUUGAGCUAGCUCAGUUUUGUUCACUCGCGAACAAUAGGAACACACCUUCUUUUUUGUAAUUGUCUGGUGAGACGACUCGACCUGAAGCAACUAGGUUCGGCCGACCUUUCAUUGUAGUAUAUAAAAUAGGGGAACAUUUCAGAGUUGAAUAUCCUCUCUUCAAUUUGACUCAGCUUCAGGAGUAACACAGAAAUAAAUCAUCAUGACGGGCCGAGCACCACCAAGCGGAAUCAACAAGGACAUUGAGGACAAGAAAGCUGCAAAGUAUCCUACGGAUAUAGAGAUAGAAGCAAGGAAAUGGGUAGAGGAGGUCUUGCGCGAACCCUUGCAGGACCAGGAGGUCGGCUCUCAUCACUUUGCAGAGUCACUCAAGUCUGGUGUAGUGUUGUGCAAAUUGAUCAACACUCUCAGUGAACAUUGUCAGAUGCCUAAAAUCAAGAAGAUCAACGAAACAAAAAUGGCAUUCAAACAGAUGGAGAAUAUUAGUAAUUUCCUAACGUUUGCAGGCGAUUUUGGUGUACCAAAGGAAUCUCUCUUCCAGACGGUGGAUCUCUAUGAGGAACGAGAUGUGGGGAUGGUUGUGAUGUGUCUCCUUCGGCUGGGUGGCGUAGCUACAAAGAAGGGCUAUCCCAUCAAGUGGGGUAUCGCCGUCGCGGACCCCAACAAGCGUACAUUCACCGAAGAGCAACUGGCUGCAGGCAACAACAUCAUCGGCCUUCAGGCUGGCUCGAACAAGGGCGCAUCCCAAAAAGGAUUAAGCUUUGGAACACAAAGAAAAAUGUGAAACUCCCCAGAUAAAUAUGCACGCAUACAUGUACACCUUGGCACGCCGGUGUUACCCGUGAGAAAUAUAUAAUGUCUGCUGACAGCUAAAAGGGCAUUUAAUCAGUGCUAAUGUAUGAGGCCCGAAUUCACGAAAGUGGUUUAUCUUAGCCCAUAGUGUAUAUCUCCAUUUUAAUUAAAGCAGACUAGUACAUGCAUGUCCUUGUGUCCAGUGAACAGGCAAUAUACAGUCAAACCUGCUUUAGUGACCACCUGUCUACAAAGGCCACAUUUGUUGUUUCCCUUAAAAAUGGUUUCUCAUUGAAUCAUGUACUAAAGGAACCUGUCUACAAAGACCACCUGUCUACAAAGGCCACUUUUUGUGUUUCCCUUGGGUGGUCGCUAUAGACAGGUUUGACUGUAUAUGCUUCUUUACCUGCUUCUGUAUGUAUCCUCACUGUAUGUUUCUUUACACAACAGUAGCUCAGUUCAGGUGGGGGUAUUUCAGUUCAAGGGGAGGGGUUUUUAACCAUAGUAAAGCCAUUGGGUUAAAUUUGAACCUUGUUUUGUGAAUUCAACCCUAUGACUUAUGUCCUUCUGGCUCUCAGCAGACAUCAUGUACUAGUUUGAGCUAGAAACAUAAAGCCGGAUCUUAAUUUUGGCCCAUCAAAAAAUGUUGGUUAAACUGAAUAUUCUCUGGUGCUACAUAAAAGUGAGCAGUUCUUCCAUAUCAUCAUUAAGUUUAUUUGUUCUUUGCAACUAGCAUCAUGUUUCUACAAAUUAGUGAUUAACUUGAGCGCAAAUCACAAUCAAAUACAGCUUUCAUAUCGUCAGCCACAUCAGCCAACUUCCAACAAGUAAAGGGUACAAGAAAACCUUCAUUCUGACUUGCUUCUGAUAAGAGGGCUGUUAUUGGUUAUUAAUGGCAUCCAAUGAAAUUGCAUUUAUCUGUCUAAAAGGCUUGUUCUCCAAAUGCUAUUGUGACUGUAAUAUUGAGAGUAUAUUGAAGAUGAAAUUAAAUAAGAUGACUUGAUACACGGGAAGCUGGUAAUCAUGGAGUUUUGAAAUUAGUGUCAAGUCUGACAGACAUGAGCGCUAUACAAGAACCCACCAUUAUUAUUAUUAUUAUUAUGAAAAAAUGACUGGCAUGUGUGGCCCAAUAUGUAUCAUACAUCUCCUUAUUUAGUAAGUUUUAUAGAAAGAAAUUGUACUUGUUUUUCAUAGAAUAAAUGAACUUCUUUUAUGUGCCAUUACAUUCGAAAUCUUUCUACCAUAAAAUCUUCUUCUGACAUUUCCAAGGCAUACACAUUCCCACAAUAUUGGCACCAUUCCUUCCUUUUCUGUACAAAAUGUGAGAUUUCAAGCCAAUUGUACAGUUGUAAAUAAACGUGAGGACUUACUUGAAGCAGACAAUGGCUGUGUAGUUUGUUUUUCAUAAUUUCCACCUUAAAUAUGAUAAGCUAUGGCACACAGGUUGCUAUGACGAUGCAUGCUGACUUGUUUAUUGAAACAUUAUACGUGUAGUAUAGAUUUUAAUAGUAUAGUGUGGAUUUUGUUUUCUCAUUCUUACACGACUCAGUUUUUAUACAUAUUUGUAUUUGUAGUUUUGUACGUCAUUUCUGUGUGGUCUGCGUAUUUUGUCAUUAUGAGGUAUUUUGAUGUUUACCUUUUUCUUAUUAAAAUGAAGAUCUUUCUUCCAAAGCUAAAUGCAUAUUACAAACUCGUAGUUUCACUGCAGUUGAUUUUUCAAAGACAUUUUAGAGGCUGUUGGAGAAAAAAUAUAGGGCGAA